AGAACCCGCACGCGACGCUGGAUCGGCGGGCGGAAGCGGCUCGCACGCCAGGCGCCGCCAUGCCCGGGGACCACCGCCGCAUCCGCGGGCCCGAGGAGUCGCAGCCGCCGCAGCUGUACGCGGCCGACGAGGAUGAGGCGCCUGCCGCCCGCGACCCGACGCGGCUGCGGCCUGUGUACGCACGCGCCGGGCUGCUGAGCCAGGCCAAGGGCUCGGCCUACUUGGAGGNUGCGCCCCCGGGCGGCGGGGAGGAGCGCGAGCUGGCGCUGGCCCUGCAGGAAGCGCUCGAGCCGGCGGUGCGCCUGGGCCGCUACCCGCGCGCGCAGCUCGAGGUGUCGGCGUUGCUGCUGGAGGACGGCGGCUCGGCACUGGCCGCCGCGCUCACGGCCGCCGCGCUCGCCCUGGCCGACGCGGGCGUGGAGAUGUACGACUUGGUGGUGGGCUGCGGCCUGAGCCGCACGCCGGAGCCGGCGCCCACCUGGCUGCUGGACCCCACGCGACUCGAGGAGGAGCACGCCGCCGCCGGCCUCACCGUGGCGCUCAUGCCCAUGCUCAACCAGGUGGCCGGGCUGCUGGGCAGCGGAGAGGGCGGCCCGACCGAGAGCUGGGCCGAGGCAGUGCGUCUGGGCCUGGAGGGCUGCCAGCGCCUCUACCCCGUCCUGCAGCAGUGCUUGGUGCGGGCUGCCCGCCGGAGGGGCGCCGCCGCGCCGUCCUGAACCGGAAGCCUGAGCAACGACGGACGCCUAGGACCGAGCCGCCGCCUUCCCCUAAAGGACCCGUGCCGUCAGCUUCCAGACUGCGCGGAGCUGAGAAUUCAAAGGGCCGGAGAGGAUCUGAGGAGGCGUGCACAGAACUAACGCACCGGACAGCUGUGUUGGAACGAUUUUUUAGAGACUUCCGUUAAAGAAACUUUUCUGCUCGAGCUGGUGUUUUCCAGCUACGACCCAGUGGAAGAAACUUGCGAAUGCGGCCUGGCUCCCAAGUUGGAAAGGACUUUUCAGCCGGACUCGCCUGAAAAACGGGACUUGGAGUUUUUGUCUUGUAAGGGAUGGACCCUAUGCAGGCCAGCUAGUGACUUCCUUCUAUAGAAUUGGUCUGCUCGUGAGAGAAUGGACAAGGGGGCUGUGCCUUCUUUAUAUCGGAGCUAAAACAAACUCUUUUAUAUCU